CAUUUUAAGAUUUUAACUAUGCGGAGGACCAAGAACAAUUCGGUGGAGAAUGUCAAGAAAUCUUGUUUGUGACCAUUCCUGGCUUUGGAUCUAAAUCUUUUGUUAAAACCAGAUAAUUCCAGAAUUUCAUUUAUGGAAAAUGCAUAAAGGAUCAAUAGGGUCCAAGGAAGCUCCGACAACAUUGUAAACAGAACAAAGAACCCCAAGAAGAAAGAUACUAAACUAAAAAUCAAAAUUGAUGAAGAGAGUUCUACCAUUGUACCAUCGGAUUCAUCUACUCAGAGUAACAAUGCUGAAGCUAAAUACCAAAGUUCAGUUCUUGUUACAGCCUCAGGUUUAGAAAGAGAAGAAGAAGGGAUUGGUGCUAGAAUACUUGUGGAUGAUAUAGAGAAAGAGGAAAACAUGGAAAGGAGGGAUUCGAGCUCAACCAGUACAGAAGACGGGGAGGAUAAAAAUAUCAGGCGAGAGAGAUCUCCUGGGAAGCGGAGUACAAAGUUAACCCGAAGAAUGGAAGCAGUCCGGAGUAUACAAGAAGGGUCUAAAACUCCGUCAAGACAACAAGACAGGUCUGGAAGUCCCAGACGGUUGAGGGCAGGAAGUUCUGGAAGUUUCAGAGCUGGAAGUCCAAUGAGAUUGCGAGCUGGAAGUAGUGGAGAUGAAGGGAGUGGAAGAAUGAUGAAUCCAAGAAAAACUUCUUCUGUUUCAAGACGUCCGGGUCCAUCAGUUUCAAGGGCUGGUUCAAUCUACAGACAAAGGGGGCAACCUGAGUGGUCUACAAGAACCGAGAGUGAGGAUGAGAGUGGGAGCUCUGCAACUGUCUCAAGGAGAUGUUCUGAUAGUGAUAGUGGAGUUAAUCUUUCUCCUGUUACAAACUAUAAAGGAGGUAUUUUACCUAUUCGGACCCAACCCUCACCCCGUCCAGAUCAUCAGGUUUCUAAUCAACCUGGACCUUGUCAAGAUAAACCUGGACCUGGUUCAGAUAAACCUGGACCUGGUUCAGAUAAACCUGGACCUGGUUCAGAUAAAGUUGGACCAUGUAAACCUGAUAGAGCUACUUCAAACCCAAGAUGUACAGAAUCUGGUUCAUUCACCUACUCCUCCUCAGUUCCUAUGGCAGGUUUACCACUGGCAGGAGCAGUUUUUGGUCUCUGCCUAGGUGGCCCAGUUGGUUUAGUUGCUGGGAUAAAGCUGGGGGGUGUUGUUGCUGUUGGAGGAUCGAUACUAGGAUAUACAGGAGCAAAGGUUAUUAGUGAACAAAGAGAGCUAAGGACUUAUAUGGACGAUCAUUACAAGAAUUAUCCGGAAAUAUUUGUAUCAACACCCAGAGCUGAAGCCCAGAGAAGAAGGCGUGGAUCUGUAUACACUCCUCCAGAUACACCAAGAUUCCCCACCAGCCCUGUACGAGGGAGGGGGGAUAUUAGACAGGCUCCAGGCCUGGGGAAACCUCCUAAUUCCCCUACUCCUCUUCGUAGAACUAAUUCUGUCAGAGUUCCAAGUCAAAAAUCAGUCUUGGUCAGGCAAGCAACAGUAAGUCAAUGCAGUGAAUUCAAAUAUGGAAAGAAAGACAGACAUCUCCCUUCACCAAGACAAUUCCGGAGAUUUCAGGAUCAAACUGUACUAGAGAGAGAGAGUUUAGCAAGUCUUCUAGAUAAAGGCAGGGAACGGAGAGACAACCUAGACCUACCGAGGGAUAGUUCCAGUCCGGAAAUGGAAUGUGUAGAAUUCCACUCAAACAGUAAGAAGAAACGAAGAAAAGAUUUUGGUAUGAGAACGUGCUCUCUUCCAGACGUUUUAGAAGAAGAUUCUUUGUCAAAUAAAUCUUAGAAGAUUUUGUGUUAAAAAAAACUUUUUUUUAAAAAUCCGAUAAUAGAACGGAUAUCACCUGACAAAGGGGAUUGAGCCUUAGCCCCAUACUCCAAUUUUCUAAUCCCUAUAUCUUUGCAACCUGAUAGUAUAAACCUUUGAUAUUUCAAACUUAGGUUAUCUGAUC